AUGGAAAACAUUCAACAUAAGGAGGCCAACAAUGAUGUCGGGGGCGGAGACUCCAGGAUCAAGGCUGCGGAGAGCUCCGACUUCGUGGACGAUCAAGGGCAUGCAAAAGUAAACGACCCGGUCGAACCACCAGCUCGAUUUGCUCCAAAAGGACGUGGAUCCUUGGAUGAUAGCAUCGAUCCAUCAGAACCUGUGACAACUCCUGGUGGAGGAACAAAACAAAUGGAUCCCAACAGCAUCCUAACUCGACUGUACGACCCUGAUCGCAUGCAAAAACCCGCGAUUUGGAAGUUCAUUAAGUUGGUUGCUCCAGGACCAGCUGACCAGCCACCACCUGGUUGUAUGAAGUGGCGGUCGAAGGACGCUAUUGCGGCUUACUGCUUGAAAUGCAAGAAACAGUUUACCUACACGAAAGGAACAUCAAAGACCAUUAGCCGUCAUAUGAUGGCCUAUCAUGGGCUUGUCAAUACGGAUGGAGAAACUGAUAUUACAAACGAAGGGGGUACAGAUGGUACCAGGUCCAAGGCCAUUGGGCCGUCGGCGAAAGAACCUCCUCUGAAGAAAAGGAAGAAGACUGUGACCAAGGGAGAAUCUCAGCCGCUUCUACUUUUGAAAUGGCUGGUCGGUUCUUUUCGCCCCUUCACGGUUGUCGAUGAUCUUGGAUUCAAAGAGCUCGUUCGUGGUUUGCCCGAGCCAUACACGAAAGAAGACGUCCUCGUUCUUGCUCGUUCGAAAGUAGAAAGUGCCAAGGCCGAGUUACAUCAACAGCUCGGUUUGUGCGAAGAUUUUUCACUUGCCUACGAAGUUAUUAAAUGCCAAGGGAUGAAAUACUGUUCUGUUCGGAUCACCUUCUGUACUGCGGUCUUUGAGCGACACUCAUUAACCAUAAAGGUUGCACCUUGUGGAUCACCCGUAUCGGUUGUAGAAGAAGCGCUCCAAGAGUACGGACUAAGUUCCAAGAAAAUAACCAACAUUACUCGGAAACAUGCAACCGAAGAUUGCAACCUUUCUGAAACAGCCACUCAGUUGAAUAUCCCCCUUAAACUUGCCAGCAGAUGCAUUUUGCAUACAAUGGAUCAUGUAGUCAUGUCAUGCCUUUCCCUUGAUCCAGUGAAGCAACUCCUUGCUUUGAUCCAAGAGUACGUCAAGAAUCACAAAGCAGUGCCUAACUGCAAAGAUGCAUAUAAAUUGGUUCAAGACUUUUUGGAGCUUCCAACCCCUGCGGCGUCGAAAAAUGGAGAUGUUACAUGUCCAACUAUGCAACAGCAAUCGAUGGCAAGAGCUCUGAGAGAAAUCCUGCAGCCUUUCUAUGACGCUACGAAAACACUAUCCGUAGAACCAUACCCAAUGAUGGCCAUACCAGUCUUUCGCAGGAUCAAUGAUGUUCUAGGGAAGGUGAAUGUAAAUGACUCUCUGGGUUCCGGUUUCGAAGCAACAAGUAUGGAGCAGUUUCGACAGUCUAUAUGCACUGCUUUUGAGAAGGCAUUCGAACCAAUGCUCAAUGGCACCACUCCUUUUAUGUGGACUGUCCCAAUUGAUCCAAGAUUGAUCCAUAUGAAGGGUCUUUCAGCCAGCGAAAAGGAUGACGUGGUGGCAACGUUGACAGCCAAUGUGAAGCGAUUGAAGCUUUCCAAGCGAUCUAGUGGGGAGAAUAUUGACCAGCAGGGUCAAGACAACGCCAAAAACAGAAGGCAGGAAACUUCUACGAUGGCUGGGCUUUUUUUUGGAGAGGACGCCGAAGUGGAGGGCACAGAUGUAAACUGCUCUGAUGAGGAUGCCACUUCCUAUGCUCGCACAAGCGUAGAUAGGUAUAUUGAAACCGUCAAAUCGAAUCGUCGUAUCGAAGACCCACUGGGUUGGUGGAAGGCGAAUCAAGAUCAAUUUCCAGAGUUGUCACUUUUAGCAAGAAAGUGGCUGGGUGCAUCCACUAUUUUCUUAGAACCUGACGGAAAAGCCGAAAGAGAUGGCUACCAUGGGGAUCAUCUGGAAGUUGUCUCUUUCUUGCAUGAUAAUAUUGGUUUAAUUUAA